AUGCAUAAAUUGAGAGAAUUGUAAGAAAAGGAAUCAACAUUUUCUAAUAUUGAAUAAGAUUUCAUACCAUUUAUUAAAGAACGUGAUAGUAUGGGUAAAUUACCUAAUACCUAUAGAAGUUUCAGAUCAUAAAAUUAAAUUAAUAAUAGGAUUAGAGAUACAAUUAGUAGUAAUUAAAGUUAAAAAAGCAAGACAAAAGUAAAUUUUUUAAAGGAUGUUUAUACAAUUAAUCAUAAUACGUAUUGGGCAAAUUUAACAAAUAUUUCAAAGGUUGAAAAGAAAUUAAACUUAAAAAUAUAAACAGAAUAUGUUGAAUAGAAGUAAUUAAUUUAACUCAAUCAGAAAUUAUAAUUUAAUGAUGGUACUGUUUAACAUAAGAUGCAGACAUAAAUUAAUUAUUCUCCAAAAUUAGGUAAAAAUCUUAGUAUGAAUACUAUACCUCCACUUGGGUAUUAUUAGACGAAAGAUAUUAUUAUUAAAAAGUAACCAAUGUUUGUUAGAAUGAAAUAAUAAAAAGAAAAGAAAGUAAAAGAAUUUAGAACAAUAAAAACUGAACCUAGUUAAUAAAUAUAAGUACCUAGAUUAGAAUUGUCUAAUUUAAGAAUAUAAAAUAGAAUUCCAGAAGAGUUAUUAAAUAGAGCAUAUUAAACAGAAAGAUAAUCGAUAGUAUAUAAAUAAAGAUACACACCUUUACAUUUCAAUAAUGAAGAAAUGGAGUAAUAAGAAAUCAAAAUUAAAUAAUUAAGAGAAUUUUAUAAAAUAAUGAAAAGUAGUUAUGCCUGA